UAUUACAGGAGUCAUUUACCGGCGACGAGGAGACAAGGAGCCCCGCAGGAGCCCAGGAGUUACUUCUCCUUCUGUGUUUCGGUUGUUUUUUAAAAAGACCCCGACUACAGCAACUUUUUUUUCCCCAUUUUAGAAUAAAAACACACCGGCUGAUUUUCCUCUUCGAGUCCUUUCUUUGUAGAAAACUCACCAACACGGAGCCGAGCGAGGAAGACGGACAACGACCCUCCCUAACUUCUGCAAUCAUGAUGUCGAUGAACAGCAAACAGCCUUUCAGUAUGCACCCCAUCCUGCAUGAGCCCAAAUAUACUCCGCUGCACUCCAGCUCGGAGGCCAUCCGCAGGGCCUGCCUGCCCACGCCGUCGGUGAGUCCAAAAUGCAAUCAAUACCGACUUCAAGCAGCUCCUGACACCUACCAGCCCAACUUCCAAAACCACAAACUGCAGAAUUUAAGGCUCCAGGGGAACAUCUUCGCGGGUUUCGAUGAGACUCUGCUGCAGAGGGCGGAGGCUCUGGCCGCGGUGGACAUUGUGGCCCAGAAGAGCCACCCGUUCAAACCGGACGCGACCUACCACACCAUGACCACCAUGACCAGCAUGACCUGCACCCCCACCUCCUCCUCCGCGCACCUGCACCACCCGUCCGUGCUCACCUCCCACCACCACCCCGCGCAGCACCACCCGUCCCAGGGCCUGGAGGGCGACCUGCUGGACCACCUCACACCGGGCAUCUCCCUGGGAGGCAUGCCCGGCUCGGACGUCUGCUCCUCGGCCUCGCACACCGCCCACGCCGCGCACAUGUCGGCCAUCAACCACAUGCAGCACCACCAUCACCAGCAGUCCAUGAACAUGCACCCGCACGGCCUGGGCUCCCACAGCUCCCUGGGGAGUGGGUUAGACGCGGAGCCGGAUCCCCGGGAGCUGGAGUCUUUCGCUGAGAGGUUCAAACAAAGGCGGAUCAAACUCGGGGUGACCCAGGCGGACGUGGGCGCGGCCCUGGCCAACCUAAAGAUCCCCGGGGUCGGAUGUCUAAGCCAGAGCACCAUCUGCAGGUUCGAGUCCCUGACGCUGUCUCACAACAACAUGGUGGCCCUGAAGCCGAUCCUGGAGGCCUGGUUGGAGGAGGCGGAACGCGCACAGAGGGAGAAGAUGGCCAAGCCGGAGAUCUUCAGCGGGGGGGACAAAAAGAGGAAACGGACAUCCAUCGCGGCCCCGGAGAAGCGCUCCCUCGAGGCCUACUUCGCCGUGCAGCCGAGGCCCUCCUCGGAGAAGAUCGCUGCCAUCGCGGAGAAACUGGACCUGAAAAAGAACGUGGUCCGGGUUUGGUUUUGCAAUCAGAGGCAAAAGCAGAAACGAAUGAAAUUUUCUGCCACGCACUAAAACCUGCGGGGAGAGAGAGAGAGACACCUGCCUCGUUUACAUAAAAAAAAAACAAAUCAGAGACAAGCUGCUGCUGCGCACUGUCAGAAAAACAAGGUACACCGUGGAGCCCGUGGAGCUUUUCAAAUUUAACAAGUCUUAUUUUCCCCCCUCUGAUCUGAUCUGAUCUGAACUUCAUCAUUAAGUGGUUUCUGCAGAAUUAUUUAUUUAUUUAAGAUGA